AUGACGUCAUCCACGCCACCGUACAUUCCAUCUUCGAGUACAACUACAAGUCAAACAAACGCUGCGACGUCUUCAGCAUCGAAUCCGAUGGCGUCAUCAGCACCGGUGAUGACGUCGUUCAGAGAUCUGGCAUCGGGCUCCCCAAUGACGAGCUCCGCUUAUUCUCUCGGCGGGAGAAGCGAGGUCGCUGAUAUACCGGAAGAGGAUGAAGAUUCGCAUGCGGAAAGGCGGCGUAGUCGAGGAGAAAUAUCAAUGAGCAAAUUCAUAAGACUAGACAGAGAGGAACCGAAGGAUAUACAGAAGGAAUAUCUGGAGAGAAAGCGUUCACGAGAAGGACCAAAGCAGAUUUUCCCAAUGUUCAUUGGGUUGGCUGAUGCUGACGUGGAACAACGGGCUGCUGAUGUACCUCGCAGUGGACGAAUCAUAAUGACGAAACGAUUGUCAAUGACGUCAUUAACUUCUCUGAAUAGCAUUGAUAUGACGCCUACUUCAGAGGCUCAAAUUCCACAACCGGAUCGAGCACCAUGUAGUCGUCUAGCAUCGGACCUCAUGCAAAUGUACCUCAACAAUCAGGAUACGGACGUUGUGAUAAGAACAGAAAGUGGAGAU